GUCAACCCGUCGCCACUCACAUAAAACGUCUUGACCUCUCUGCUCGCCGCCGGCGAGGAGACAGUAGCCCGCCGCUGCACGCACGCGCCGCGAGGAGGUCUGGAGCGGCUAGCUCGUCUAGAGCUAAGUCAGCGAAUCUCCCGGACCGUCCCUUCUCAGUUCUCAUGGCCGUCCGCCGCAGGCCCGCGGCUGCUGCUGCCGGGGACCUGCCUCCGCAGGCGCCACCGGCAGAUGCAGCGCCGACGCCGGCGCCAGACGAACUGGUCCUCCGGCCGCCAAACCUCCGCGUGGCCGCUGUGGCGGCGGUGCUCUUCCUCGCGCCCUUCUCUUAUCUCUCGUUCGUGCGCUACCGCUUGGGCGCCGAUCUGCAGCGAUCCAUCUUAAAAUGCGGCGCCAUGAGCCUCAUUGGGUUCUGCGUCGCGCUCAAGCUCAUCCCUGUCGCGGCCAGCUACCACCUCCGCCGCCGGAUGUUCGGCUACGACAUCAACAAGAAAGGCUUGCCCACGGGCCAAAUUAAAGUGCCUGAAGCACUAGGUCUUGUUGUGGGGAUUAUCUACUUGGUCAUUGCUAUUAUAUUUCAGCAGUUUCACUAUGCCCCAGACUCCAUUUGGCUUGUUGAAUAUAAUGCAGCGUUGGCAUCAGUCUGUUUUAUGAUUCUUCUUGGAUUUGUCGAUGAUGUUCUUGAUGUUCCAUGGAGAGUGAAACUGGCAUUGCCAACGUUUGCAGCACUCCCAUUGCUAAUGGCAUAUGCUGGUGGCACUUCCAUCAUCAUUCCAAAGCCCUUAACUCCUUAUGUUGGACUAACGGUUUUGGAGCUAGGUUUAUUUUACAAGCUAUUCAUGCUCUUGUUAGCAGUCUUUUGUACAAACUCGAUAAAUAUACAUGCUGGUCUAAAUGGACUUGAAGUUGGGCAGACUAUUGUUAUAUCUGCUGCGGUUUUGAUACAUAAUGUAAUGCGCAUAGCAUCUUCUACAGAUAUCGAAACUCAGCAAGCUCAUGAAUUCUCUAUUUAUCUUGUCUUGCCAUUCCUAACCAUUUCAUUAGCUUUGCUAGCUUUUAACUGGUAUCCCUCGAUUGUUUUUGUUGGUGAUACCUACACCUAUUUUGCUGGAAUGGCUUUGGCUGUGAUAGGAAUUUUGGGACAUUUCAGCGAGACAUUAUUGCUCUUCUUUUUACCUCAAGUUCUUAAUUUCCUAUGUUCAGUCCCACAGCUCUUUCACUUUGUUCCUUGCCCAAGACAUAGGUUGCCGAGGUUUGAUCCUGAAACGGGUCUGUUGACUGGUACCAAAGAUGGUAAUCUGGUGAACAUAUUCCUUAGGUUAUUUGGGAAGUGCUCGGAGAAGGCCCUUUGCAUAAGGCUCCUUAUUUUUCAGGCUCUAUGUUGCGUAUUCUGCUUCUGGCUAAGAUACAUGCUCACCGGAUGGUACAAAUGAUCACCUGCGAAAGGCUCUCCAUCUUGUCGCCCAGCUCUUGGGAAAACCCGGUUGCGUCUGAUGGCUAUUGUUUCCUCGACGUACUUUAUCAGGAACAUGGGAUCUGCAGAGGAGCAAUUGGAAGGCUGAAAGAGCAGAAGGUUGAGCGGGAGGAGUAAUCUGAUUAAUUGAAUUUUGUUUGUGAUUAGGCCUUAUUGGGCCUGGGGUUUGGGCCGUCUGGCCUUGUAAGGAGGGUGUACUUAAACCCUGAAUCUUCUGGUAAUUGGCAGGAAGAAAAUAGAAGAAAAACCACCAAACAGAAUUUCUGUUUA